AUGAGGAAAUCGAGGUUCGAGAUGCUGAAGAGAUUACAGCUCGAGCGCUCAGGAUCACCCCCCAAGAAGAAGAAGCGUCAGGCGGCCGAUGCAUCUGGGGCUCCCGCCGAAGAGGAUCACGAUAACUCGGAUGUGCGCAAAACGAAGAAGAAACGAAAAGACAAGUCAAAGUCAGAGCCUGAUGGCGAAGCUAAUGACGACAAAUCCUCUAAGCAAAAGAAGCACAAGAAGAAAUCCAAGAAAUCCGUUUCCCCCUAUCCCGACCCACUAGAGGACUCGUCCUUGUCAGAUCAAUCUCAAAAAGGGCUGGUUUACGCCUAUCAGCGCGCUGCCGAAUCUUCGGAUUGGAAGUUUAACAAAGCUCGUCAGAACUGGUUGACUCGUAACCUCUGGUCUGAGGAAAUGGUACCUGAGAAAUAUUUUCCUCUGGUUAUCCGCUACCUUGCUGAUACACGUGGGGGAGCCUGUGAUGCUCUCAUUCAAAACUGUAAUCGAUAUCUGCCUCCAACAGAGAUGGAGGGUACAGCUGCUCCUGAGGGAGACAGCCAUGAGGAAAAAUCUUCCACCAACCCCAAAAGCGCGAGGGCUCGCCAGCUACUUGACGCACUGGUCACUCCGAACUGA